AUGGUGCACAUUAUCCCACUUCUUGUCGCCGCAGGCAUGGCGAUGGGAGCCCCCAACAAGAUUGCUGGUCGGAAUGGUUACAACAAUGGUAUGAGCUCGACGGCUGACAAUCAGUGCGCGUCGACAUCGGCAGUCACUCAGUACACGUCGACCUCGACUGGCAGUCAAUACACGUCGACCUCGACUGGCAGUCAGUACACGUCGAUCUCGACUGGCAGCCAGUACACGUCGACAGCAACUACGUCAACAUCGACUACAUCGACCCCGGCUGACCUUCAAUACACGGAGACAGAACCGGCAGCUAUAGCAGCGGCGGCAGCGACUGCCUUGACCUUGUCGCCUGUGUCCAACGUUACAGGCAAAGUCUUCAAUCGCAUCAUGCAGAUCUACCUUGAGACAACUGCAUAUGAGAACGCCAUUGCCGACCCCAACUGCCAGGCUCUCAUCGAGCAAGGCAUCUUGCUGUCCAAUAUGUACGGGGCAGGAGCUCCCAGUCAGCCCAACUACGUGGCACCGGCCAGCGGUGAUAUCUGGGGUGUUAACAGCGAUUCAUUCCUCCUAUUCAACCAGAAUGUGUCCACCAUUGUUGACCUGCUCGAAGACAAGGGCAUAAGUUGGGGCGAUUACAACGAGGGGCUGCCCUACUCGGGAUUCGAGGGCUUCACGUACACCAACCCUGUUGAGGGAAAUUACGCGCGCAAGCAUAAUCUCCUCGUGCGCUUCGACUCGGUUAGCUUAGACUCGGAGCGCCUGGCAAAGACAAAGAACUUGACGCUCUUCUACGAGGACCUCAACAGCAACCGCCUUCCACAGUGGCUGUUCGUCACGCCCAACCUGGCUCACAACGGACAUGACACCAACAUCACCGUGUCAUGCAACUGGACUCGCAGCUUCGUUGAGCCGCUAUUGAAGAACUCUAAUUUCAACGACGGAAAGACGCUUGUCUACAUCACAUGGCAGGCCAACGGUCAGUAUCCGUUGGCCCGCAACCAUGUAGCCGGUAUUCUUCUCGGCUCAGCUGUCCCCAGUGACCUGGUCGGUACCUCCGACAGCGCCUACUACAACCACUACAGCGAGCUGUCGUCGGUCCAGGCGAACUGGAACCUGCACACCCUCGGUCGGUGGGACGUCGGUGCCAAUGUGUGGAAUUUCAUUGGCUCCAAGACGGGCGACGCCCUUCGCUAUUGGAACGACACGAUUGCCGGCGACAGCUUCGUUAACUACUACUGGAACCAGAGUUAUGGCGGCGUUUUCAGCAACGGCUGCAAUCUUCCGCACAUCUACGUCGCCCCGAAUCUCGACAUCCUUGGAGGUGGCUACCGCACCGUACUGCCGGCUAUUGCCCGCCUGUGGUACGGCUCGGGUCUGCCUGACUACUACCGCAAUAUCAUCGAGGUGAACGAUGCCCUGCACCCGCCCAAAGGCUUCGAAGUGCCCAUUGGUCUCUCUACUGCUAAGGAGAUCGAUGGUCCUAUCCGUUACUGGCCCAAUGACUGA